AUGCAACCACCCCUACGCCCCUCUGCCCGCGAGCCCCCGCGCGGCUCUGCCUCUGCCCCGCGGCGCACCCGCUCUUCACCCGGCCGCCCGCUAAACCCUAGCGCUCCGGGGCACGUCUCCUCCGCGCCCCAUGGCAUCCUCUACCCCGUCGCGAAGCCUGUCGCCCCCUCCGCGGCCACGCAGCUCCGCCGCAUCCCCCCCAUUGCCGUCGGGUACCACCACGCCCACCCCGUCGCCGUCCCCAUCGCGCAGCCACCGCAUCCCCUGGUUAAUACAGUCCCCCCUGUUGCACCAUCCAGUGAGCAGGGCAACCGAAACGACAGGGAAAGGAGCAGAGAAGACUCUACAAUUGUGGUGAUUAAUGACUGCAAAGUUAACUUGCUGGACAGUGAGUCAGGGUCCUUGUAUGCUCUCUGUAGAUCCUGGGUGCGCAAUGGUGUUCCACAUGAAAGUCAGCAAGUGAUGACCAUGAAAGCAAUAAACAAGGUCUAGGGGAUGCUGCUGUUUUUUCAAUUGGGCAAAGAGAUUCACCCAAACCAACAUGUGAUUCAGUACAUCGUGAACAUCCAAAAUCCUAGCUCAACUUUGGGUUCUGCAAAAGUUGGUACAUCCUUUUCUUGUUCUAUCUCUGUACCACGUGAGUUAUCACACAAUUUGGCAUCUAAAGAUCAGUCAUCAGCAGGUAACAGUGAUUGUUCAAAGAAAGAGGAACUGGUCUCACCAACUGAUAGCAAACAUGAUUCUGCAAAGUUUUCUAAAGAUAGUUCCCAGGAAGUGAGAAAGUGCUCUGAGAAAGUUCAACUGAAAGGCUCACUGCCUUCUGCACCAAAAUCAUCUCAAGUUAGUAGAAUGCACGUGUCUACAGUCAAACCUAGAUUACCAGUAUGAAAGGAACAAUCACACAAGAUAGCCAUCACUGGAGGCACCUCAGCAAGAUCAUUCCAUGGAGAAGUCCCACCACUGCAAUCUCGUAACAAGGCAGUAGCUUCUAGUUCUUCCCAGAAAAAGGACAAGGUCCACCACCGCACUAUUAAUGUCACACAAGAGAGCUCCAAUAAUUCAGCAUCAACUGAACUGCGGGCAUCUGAUUUGGCUGCUCCAUUGAGUGAUGAACAGCUUGCAUUACUGUUGCAUCAAGAAUUAAACAGCUUCCCCAGAGUACCGAGGGUGCCAUGUUGCCAUCAAGCAGCUGGUACGCAGAUGCUUCAUCCAACUGGAGCUACUGUUUUUUCUAAGCGGUCUUCAGCGUACGGAGGAAGGGAUCAUGCAGCAGUAAGGUUGUUAGCACCUGGAGGACAUAAAGGUAUCUUUUUAUGUCAGUUCAUCAUUUUUUGGUUUCUAAUGUUGUGAUGCUUCCCUGGGAGUGCAGGUUUUGAAAAAGAGAAGCAGAGAGGAUUCACUAAAAGAUAGUGAGGACACAAAGAGAAUAGAAAAAAGACAUAGAGAUGCUGGCACAGAACCUGCUUCUUCUGCGAAGGACUCAUGCAGAUCUGCUGAAAAUGUAGCAUCAGAACAGAAAAGUCGUGGCGGAUGUUCAACUGGAGCUGACAUUGGUUUAGCAAAGGAUGAUUCG